GGAUUCUGAUUAGUCUGCGAGCGCCGUUUACAAGUACAUAGCACGUUAAGUUUCCAAAGAGCGUUGCAAGUUUUUUUGGCUGUCAACCAAAAUCAAAAGUGAAACGCAAGUGAAGUGACCAAAAAGGAAGUUUUCGAUCUGGUAGACUCACCUAUAAGGAAAUAGUUAAAAUCAAGAGAGACGUGCUCAGUGUUAAACGGCCACAGACAAACAUUUGAAAGAGAUAUACAAAAGCUGUUCAAAUUAUCAAGGGACAAGAUAACUUUUAAAGCCCACGAAAACACCAUCUCAACAUGGGUUCGCUGCCACAGUUGUCGAUUGUGAAGGGUCUGCAGCAGGACUUCGCGCCGAGAGCUCUGCACCGCAUCUUCGAGGAGCAGCAGCUGCGGCACGCCGACAAGGUGGCCCUGAUCUACCAGCCCGACGCCCCGGGACUGGGAAUGGCGCCCAGCCAGAGCAGCUACCGCCAGAUGAACGAGCGGGCGAACCGGGCGGCCCGCCUCCUGGUGGCCGAGACCCAUGGCCGCUUCCUGCAGCCGAACAGCGACGGGGAUUUCAUCGUGGCCGUGUGCAUGCAGCCGUCGGAGGGCCUGGUCACCACGCUGCUGGCCAUCUGGAAGGCCGGCGGCGCCUACCUGCCCAUCGACCCCAGCUUCCCGGCCAACCGCAUCCACCACAUCCUGCUGGAGGCGAAGCCCACGCUGGUGGUCCGCGACGACGCCAUCGAUUCGGGCCGCUUCCAGGGCACGCCCACGCUCUCCGCCACGGAGCUGUACGCCAAGUCGCUGCAGCUGGCCGGCUCCAACCUGGUCUCGGAGGAGAUGCUGCGCGGCGGCAACGACCACAUCGCCAUCGUGCUCUACACCUCGGGCAGCACGGGGGUGCCCAAGGGCGUGCGCCUGCCGCACGAGAGCAUCCUGAACCGCCUCCAAUGGCAGUGGUCCUCGUUCCCCUACACGGCCAGCGAGGCGGUCAGCGUGUUCAAGACGGCCCUCACCUUCGUGGACUCGAUCGCCGAGCUCUGGGGCCCCCUGAUGUGCGGCCUGGCCAUCCUCGUGGUGCCCAAGGCGGUGACCAGGGACCCGCAGCGGCUGGUGGCCCUGCUGGAGCGGUACAAGAUCCGGCGCCUGGUGCUGGUGCCCACGCUGCUGCGCUCGCUGCUCAUGUACCUCAAGAUGGAGGGCGGCGGGGCGGCCCAGAAGCUGCUGUACAACCUCCAGAUCUGGGUCUGCUCCGGUGAACCCCUGUCCGUGGCUUUGGCCAGCAGCUUCUUCGACUACUUCGACGAGGGCGUCCAUCGGCUGUACAACUUCUACGGCUCCACCGAGGUGAUGGGCGACGUCACCUACUUUGCCUGCGAGAGCAAGAAGCAGUUGAGUCUGUACGACAAUGUGCCCAUAGGCAUUCCCGUAUCCAACACUGUGGUCUAUCUGCUGGAUGCCGACUAUCGUCCCGUCAAGAACGGCGAGAUCGGGGAGAUCUUUGCUUCCGGUCUCAACUUGGCUGCGGGCUAUGUCAACGGACGCGAUCCCGAGCGCUUCCUGGGCAAUCCGCUGGCUGUGGAGAAGAAGUACGGACGUCUUUACCGGACCGGCGACUACGGAUCGCUGAAGAACGGCAGCAUCAUGUACGAGGGACGCACCGACUCGCAGGUGAAGAUCAGGGGCCAUCGCGUCGACCUGUCCGAGGUGGAGAAGAACGUGGCCGAGCUGCCGCUGGUGGAGAAGGCCAUCGUGCUGUGCUACCAUGCCGGCCAGGUGGACCAGGCCAUACUGGCCUUUGUGAAGCUGCGCGACGACGCCCCCAUGGUCACCGAGAUGCAGAUGGAGGCGCGCCUCAAGGACAAGCUGGCCGACUACAUGACGCCCCAGGUGGUCAUCCUGGAGCAGGUGCCGCUGCUGGUGAACGGCAAGGUGGACCGCCAGGCGCUGCUCAAGUCCUACGAGACGGCCAACAACAACGAGGGCGACUGCAGCAUCGUCCUGGACUUCGACUACUCCCAGGUGCCCGAGGAGCUGAAGCUCACGGCCCGGGAUCUGUUCGAGACGGUGGGCGGCGUGAUCGGGCGCUCCACCCGGGCCACCUUGGCGCCCCACAGCAACUUCUACGAGCUGGGCGGCAACUCGCUGAACUCCAUCUUCACGGUGACGCUGCUGCGCGAGAAGGGCUACAACAUCGGCAUCUCCGAGUUCAUUGCGGCCAAGAACCUGGGCGAGAUCAUCGAGCGGAUGGCCGCCAACCACGACACGGUGCAGCUGGAGGAGGAGUCCCUCAACGCCUGUCCGCACCUCAAGAUGGAGGCGGUGCCACUGCGCCUGGAGCACCGCCAGGAGGUCAUCGACAUCAUUGUGGCCAGUUUCUACAACAAGGCCGACCUGGAGCAGUGGCUCAAGCCUGGCGUUCUGAGAAGCGACUACAGCGACAUCCUAAACGACAUCUGGAGUGUGUUGGUGGAGCGGGACUUGAGCUUCGUCAUCUACGAUCGCAACACAGAGCGCAUCAUUGGCACGGCGCUGAACUUUGAUGCCCGGAACGAGCCCGAGGUGGACAUCAAGUCCAAGCUGCUCAUCGUCUUCGAGUUCCUUGAGUUCUGCGAGGGCCCAAUCAGGGACAACUACCUGCCCAAGGGACCCAACCAGAUCCUGCACUCGUUCAUGAUGGGCACCGCCGAGAAGCUGAAUCCCCGCGAGAACAUCGCCUGCAUGCACUUCAUGGAGCACGAGGUGCUGCGGGUGGCCCGCGAGAAGCAGUUCGCCGGCAUCUUCACCACCAACACCAGUCCGCUGACGCAGCAGCUGGCCGACGUCUACCACUACAAGACGCUCCUCAACUUCCAGGUGAACGAGUACGUGCACUCCGACGGCAGCCGUCCCUUCCAGGACGCUCCGGACGAGCAGCGCGCCAUCGUCCAUUGGAAGGAGGUGGCCAAGUAGGACGGACUGGCGGACUGGCGGACCGUCGCCGAAUCAGAUCUGCAGCGAAUUUAUCACGCACAACGUAUUAUAUUUAACUACUAUAUGUUAUAGUUAGCAUACCACCUAGUAUUAGCCCUAGGCAUAGUGUAACUUGGCGAGAAGUUUCGUAAGUUUGUGUUGACUAGUUGUAAGCUUCCCAUUUCGAGACAAUUAAAGAAACAGCAAUCGACAACUAAGAAA